AUGGAAGAAGAAAUGGCGAAUGACUCGAAUUCUUCGUUCAAUAGCAACAGUUCUAUAGUUUCUAACUCUAAUCAAAGUUAUUCGAAUUCAAAUGACCUAGAAUGGAGAAUGAAACUUGGUAUUGGCAUAACCAUCUUUGUCGUUGCUGUUAUUGGUAACCUUACGGUCCUUGUGGUCAUUUACACUACCAGAGAACGACGAAAGACACCAUUCGAGAUCCUCAUUGCUAACCUCAGUGUAGCUGACAUCCUAUCCGUGUUGCUAUACUUUAUAAUGUAUUACGUCAACAUACCACUUUCAAAAUGGUAUUGCAAACUUGUAGGGCCAUUUUUCUCCAGUACCCAAAUGGUAAGCUUGCUUACCAUGACGACCAUUGCAAUAUUUCGAUGUCGAUCCAUUGUUUAUCCUUUCAAAACCAAGCCCUCCAUGAAGUUAACGUAUUGCACUGUGGCAGGACUGUGGCUUGUGGCAAAUAUUUGUCUCYUUCCAGUUUAUWUAGUAAKGGAACAAWAUCAWGGARGGYGURAAGAAAUCUGGYCAUCRGAGCUAUUAAACAAGGUCUACACAGUCUCUUUAUUCGUUGUGCAGUACAUGAUACCUUUGACUAUUAUCGCCAUCUCUUACACCAAGAUUAUCUUGUAUUUAAAACGAAACAAAGUUCCCAAGUGUAGUUUAAACAGUGACAGAAUUAACCAGCUCAAAAUGACGCGAAAGAGAGACAUGGAAGUCAUCAAAAUCUCUCUUAUUAUCGUACUUUUGUACGCUAUUUCUACAUUACCGAAUCAAAUAGCUUGGAUAGACAUGAUCGUUUUCGAAAGCUACGAUAUGUCAAGCUUGAUUUUUAAGUUUUCUCUCGAAAUGUUGUUGUUUCAUUCCUGUUGUAAUCCCUUCGUUUAUGGCACAAUAUCUCGGGAAUUUCGCUCUCGAUUCGUUCAGGUGUUUUGGAGCAUUUUAUGUUGCGCAUGCAAAAUAAGGAGGACUCAAACGGGCGUGUUACAAACAGAACAAGAGCAAAGUAACAACGCAUGUGAAAACUUGGAAAUUAUUGAGUUAAAUGGUUAUGUAAAAAGAGAUGAAGCUGCAAUCGUACCUACUACACCGACCGACCGACCGAUCGACCGAACAGCGAACCAACAAAGCAACCAUCUAACCAAUCAACUGAACUAG